AUGCCCUCAGCAUCCAAAGCAGAGAUUGAAGAAUGGGAGCAGCGUAUUGAAGAGGUCACAGAGGCCAUUCAAGACAUCCUGCAAGAAGAUCCCAUGGAGGCACUACAGAGAAAAGCGAUACGUGAGGCCAGGCAGCGCGAGGAGAAGGAGAAACUUGAGAAGGAACGACUUGCGAAAAUAAAGAUUCGCUACGAGCCAAAGUAUUACAAUCGCUUUGAACGGGAUGAUGUCAUUGAUGCGAUGCUCAAGGAGGCGGAUUUACCUUCGCGGAAAACAACCGCCUCCCAUCUCCGGGUUGGCGACGACGUCACCGCCGCCUACCUCAGCAAAGGGGAGAAAAUUUCACUCCAAGAAGCCCAGCGGCUGAAGCAGGAGGCCGCGAUCGCCGUGCGGGGUCGGGAAUGGGGCCGCGCGGAGGAACUUUACACCAGCGCCAUCCAGCUUCAACCCGUUGAUGAGAGUUUGCUGACGGUGCUGUAUAACAAUCGGGCGCUCACACGAAUCAACGGGCAAAAAUUUCUUGAGGCGCUCGGGGAUGCCUCGUUUGUGCUCCAACGCGAGCCGAACAACCUCAAGGCGUUGCUCCGACGCGCGGUUGCUCUUCGUCAUCUGUAUCGUCCGGUGGAGGCUUUAAACGACAUCACGAAGGUCCUCGAGUUGGAGCCGAAAAACGCGGAGGGAUUGGUGCAACACGCGUGGCUGCGGAAAGCCGAGUUGGAGCUCCUUGAGAGCAACCGAUUUCUCGAAACCGAAGCGGCGGAGCGCGCGGGGCGUCUUUGCCAGCUCAUCUCCCUGCUUUCCUCGCCCGAAGUGGCAGGGGCGGUCGGGGGGGGGCUUGCGUCUUCCGCUUCGUUUGUUUCUCUCGUGGAGGCGCUCUGGGAAGGGGUGGAUAUCCUGCACGCUCAGGGGACGGGCGCAUGCGUGUUUUUUGCGCAUCGUGGUGGGUUGUUGCCCGCGGUUUCCGUCGCGCGGCGCCUCCUGCGCGCGGAAUCCUCCCACGCGGCGGCCCCUUCCACCACGGACGACCCCGCCGCAUCGGAGCGGGAUCUCGAGGAUCCCCGGCGAUCGGCGCGGCUUCAGGCUACCUUGCUCAUUCAACUGCUUCAGAUUCUCGCGGUGGUGUGGGAGGGGUCUGAGAUUUCCACGCAGAUGAUCGAAACCGCCGUGGUGGGGGAUUUCAUCAACGCGUUGAUCGCCCGCCUCGUGGGGAUGGUGGGGCAUCCCCACCUGCCGGAUGCGGCUGGGGCGCCCACCUCCGACUCAAGGGGUUCCGUGUGCCUCCGGGGUUCGCAAAGGGAUCGCUUGGAUGCGAUCCUUCAAUGCCUGCGAAGUCUCACCCUUCGCUACGGCGAUCUCGUGCAGGGCGCGGUGGAAAAGCCGCGGGAUCGCUCCGGCGACGGGCUGCUGCUCGGCCUGUGGCGGUCGCCGUAUUUUGAAACCCCCGGAGCGACCGCGCGGGGGUGGGUGACGCUUUCCUACUUUGUGGGGUGGUUGGAUGCCCUUUUAACGGAUGGAUCCGCCUGGGAAAGGCUCUCGUCGGCGGCCUCGGAAGGCGGCCUUGGGCGGCAGCUUUUCCCCGCCCGAGUCGGCGACGACGGCGAGGACGACGGGGUCGUGUUGGGCGUCGUGAGGCGCAUUUUUAACCCGCCUUGCCUCGGCCCUUCGCAAAAGGGGGGGUUGCCGGCUUCGAUGAGGCCGUGGAUGCAAAACGCGGCCGCGGAGCUCGCGCUUCACCUCACCUCGAUGGCCUCCCGCCGGCGGGAUCCCGAGGUGGGGGGGGAGGGGCUUCGAUGGGGGGUUGAACGGCUUGCCACGAAGGGGUUUACCGAUUUGCUGCGCGACGCGUUUCGGUCGGUUUUCGCGCGAACGUCGCCGUCGCCUUCCGUGGAGGAUUCCCGUCUCCUCGAGGCGCUCUACGCCGUGGUGUACAACCUCACCCUCCUGCAACCCACCCGAGGGGCCUACGUGCGGGGGUGGUCCGGGGGAUCCUUUUCCCUCGUCGAUUCGACGUUGCAUCACCUCCUCGCGCGGGAAUGCACGGCGGCCUCGGGUUUGACGCCCCUCUCCGCGAAGAUGUUCGGCGUCCUCGCGAAGUUUCUCACGGCCGGCGAGGCCGCCUUUCCACCGGGGAUCGCGCGAGGCCUUUGGGGGUGGAUCGCGGCCGCGGAAGGGGUUUUGGAAACCGCCGGAGGGGAGACCCCUGUGGGGCUCGCGUGGGAGCAUCUCGAGCACCUCACCACCAUCCUCGCCGCGUUGCCGCAGGAAGUUGGGGGGGUGGAAAUCGAGAACGCCGGGUGGCUGGUUCGCCUUAUUGCGUUCAGUCCGUUGCGGUUGACGGAGGCUUUUUUGCACGCGAUGGGAAUGGGGGAGGGGAAUCCGACGCCGUGGAUCGCCUCUCCCAGCGAGCCCGUCGCACCUUCGGUGGCGGCCGUCGUGGCGGCUGGGAAUGCCGCCCUCCUCCUCUCGAGGAUUCCCCCCCCUCCCACCCCAUCCGAGGAGGCCGUCGCGUUGCUUCUUCGAUGGAAAGCCGUGGAGGUGCUUUUGCAGGCGCUUCGCGACGCGCACAACUCCGCUCAUUUGGUUUCUCGAGAAAGUGUGGAGAUGAGUAAAGAAAAGAAAACCCCAUCAGGGGUGGUUUCCUACCUGCAGCGCUGGAGCAACUAUCUACGAUCCACCACAAAAAACCUGGCGAUUGCGAUUUCCAGGGUUUGCGCGAUCGGUGGGGAACCUAUCAAGGACCAACUUCGCGAACUGAAGGGGUUUGAAACGUUGUUGGCGGUUCAAAAAUAA